CAAAAAGUCCUUCUAAUGGUACUCCAAGAAGACCUGUUUUAUCUGUCAGUGCAAGAAAAAUUAAAGAUAAUGCAGCAGACUGGCAUAAUUUAAUGAUGAAAUGGGAGAGACUGAAUGAUAAUGGAUUUACUACGGCAAACAAAAUAGUCAACAUGAAGAUCAGUGAACAAUUUCAAGACAACAAACUGGAGAUAGCAUGUGAUAAGAGUGCCACAGAAUCUGAAAAGCCAACUCCAAAAUACAAUGAAGAACUGGCCAAUUGCUGUGCAGAAUUACUUGAGACCUUAAAGCAUAUGACAAAAAUACAGCUGAAAAUGGAAAAGCUUACUUCAACUACUAAAGCAAUCUGUGACUUGGAAACAUUCCACCAUGGAGCUGGGAAUUGCACAGCACCCUUCUUUCAUACAUGGCCCACACUGUACUUCUAUGAGGUUUCUCUGAAGCUCUCUGAAAUGUACAAGAAGGAACUACAACUCAAGCAAACAAUUGUACAAGAAAUUGCUCAUUCUGCUGACCAGGAUCUGAUGAUGGUCUAUUUAUCAUCGUGGUUAUACCAGCCUUACAUUGAGAACAGCAGCAAACUACUACUUGAAGCCAUGCUGCUGGAAACAGGGCAUAGACAGUGCUAGAAUUUCAAAUGUUGCGUGGCUUGCCUCUAAUGAUGCUUACAUGAAACUGAAAUGGCAAAUUGCAAGGCUUACCAAGUAAGCUGAAUUUUUGUAAAACUUAUUAAAAAUAUUUUUCUCUAUUUGUAUUUAUUA